GUCAACCAACCGGAGAUAAGGUUAUGCUUCACCAUUCUCUUUGGCAAGAAGCUAUCAUGAAAUAGAUGGCCAAGAGCAUCAAUAUCAUCAUAACAUCUUGGAAGAAUAUAGAGUAGAGCCUAACAUGAUUGAAGAUUUCUUAUCCUGAUAACUUCUCUGCUGGGCAAGAAAUUAGAAGCCAAGAUGAGAAGGAAAAGGAGGAUAACCUAUCUGGCACAAUCUGGAAAUUUUCAUUAUGAUGGAGUUAAUUGUCAUUUCAAGUAAAAAGAUCAGGAUUGCGAAAUUCUAACCUGAUCAAUAUGAUUGUCGAGUUAAUCUGAAUCUUUAAUGAUCUGAAGGUUUUGUGGCAAUAAUGCAUAAACUAAGUAACUAAAAUCCAUAAAAGAGCAAGAUAAACCUCUAACCAUUCUCCCUUUAUUGGCGAUGUCUGUUCCAAUAUUAAGACAUAAGAGUUAUAGGCAUCCGAACAUUUUGCAGAAAAAUGCCAAAAAGAAAGAUUUAGUCAGAAAUCUCAUGGUUGAACAAACCAGACACCAACUGGAAGUUUUUGAGUCCCAAGACAAAAGCAAAUUCAUCAAAAAGUGACCAGAUCAUGAUAUGGCUGGUAAACUAUUCUGAGAGACUUGUUCUUGUUUCUUCUAUUUAAAGUUAAUUAAAGAGUCUGUACAUUCAAAUCAUGAAGUCUGAGAUAUUGAAGAAAACCCUGGGAUCAAAGCUAAAAUACUAGAGUCCAAUAAUUAUUGAAAAGAGCUAGAAAAAAACCUGCUUCAAGCAUCAAUACAAGAGCAUUCAGAGCUCAUAGACAUCAGUCAGAGCUUUCUGGAUAUUUAUGCUCAAGAGUUCAAAAACAAAAUCUUCAAGAAAAUUGAUGGAGAUGCAAGAGAUCUGAUAGAUAAAUUUUUAUUAGAAAAAUUACUCUACACCCAAGCUCAAGCUGAGUUAAAUAAAUUUGACGUGGUUGAUAAAGAUUUAGAACCACUUAGUCUGAGAACCAUUGAUGUAGAAAAGCUCAGAAUGAAUAUUGACACGAGAAUUGAAAAAAAAUGAAACUCAAAAUAUCAAAGCUUAGAUAAAUACUAAAGAUCUGAAAUUAUGAAAGAACUCGAUCCAGGAAAGAGACUUAUUUGGCUGCGACUUCACAAACCACACAAAGUUCUCUGAACACAUGACGAAGACUC